UUGACAACACGCCAACCCUCCUAAGACCACGGUCAUUUUUCCAAUUGCAAUUUUUGUGCGCUCCGGUUUUGCAUGGAGCAAUGAACUUCACAAAGCCCUCUCCUCAGGAGAUGGUGCAGGUCGACCGAUCAGAGACAGCAUCACCAUUCUGGCGGACCUCUUCGGCCAAUAGCCAGCGAGAGAAUAGCACCAAAGCUGCACCGCCCGAACGCAAGGUCGUUGGUGCUUCUUACAGCCAUGCUGAUGCCCUCAAAUUCGACAAUCUGAGCAUAUCAAACUCCCGACCGCACACUCCUCCGAAUUUCUCACGACACAGAAGCUCUCCUUCCGUUACCACACAUACUCCUCCGCCAACUCGCCGUACCCCGAAUAGCUACAUUUCCGACAGCAGCAAUGCAUGGAAUGCACCGGACGAGGAGGAAUCCGAAGAGGGCGACCUCGGAUACGAUGAAGAUGAGGACGAGUUCGGCUUGCCAAGUAUAGCCAGUAUGCGACGGAAAGGAAAGCGUGCAUCUGCCAGGAAAGGCCACGAUCCCGGUGGUGCACAACAACAAAGCACACGGAACGGCCUCUCUGCACCGAACUUGCCGGCGGCCUGGAUGAUGGACCAUGGGGACGUGGCCGAUUCACGUGCGAUACCGUCUUACCCGCUACCGAAGAAAAUGGAAGGAAAGACAUUGCGGCCGCAAUACAAGGACAUCUUACGCGAUCCGGCAAACUCGCUGCAUCUCAUCAGCCACCCGCCCGUCCCGGCCGGCGCGUCCGCGAAGGAGCUCGAGGCGCAUUCGGCACGGAUAACGCGCAUCAACAAGUUCAAAAAGAUCUUACAAGCCAGCACAAUCUCCCUCCCCGACCUUCGUGAUUCGGCUUGGUCUGGCUUGCCGUCUGAAGUUCGGGCCAUGUCAUGGCAAAUUCUGCUGGGCUACCUGCCGACCAGCAGCGACCGACGCGUGGCCACUCUCGAGCGAAAGCGCAAGGAGUAUCAAGAUGCUGUACGGCAAGCCUUUGACAAAGGAUCGAUGGGUAGUACGGGCGCGGUGGGAGCCGGCAUGGCUGGUAAAGGGUCUGCGCCGUCCACCAAGGGCGGCACCGGCCGCGGCCUCGACCAAGCCAUAUGGCACCAAAUCAGCAUUGACGUCCCGCGGACCAAUCCACAUCUGGAGCUGUAUUCAUAUGAACGCACGCAAAGAUCACUGGAAAAGAUACUAUACGUCUGGGCAAUUCGUCAUCCCGCUUCGGGAUACGUACAGGGCAUCAACGACCUCGUGACUCCCUUCUGGCAAGUCUUCCUUGGCCAGUACAUCACAGAUCCGGAUGUUGAGUUCGGGAUGGAUCCGAGCCAGCUGCCGCCGGCAGUAAUCGAUGCGGUGGAGGCCGAUUCCUUCUGGUGUCUUACAAAAUUGUUGGACGGAAUACAAGAUAAUUACAUCCAUGCACAGCCAGGGAUACAACGGCAGGUAUCCGCUCUGAGAGACUUGACGGCGCGAAUAGAUGGGGCACUGGCAAAGCAUCUGGAGAGCGAGAGCGUAGAAUUCAUCCAAUUCUCGUUCCGUUGGAUGAAUUGCCUCUUGAUGCGUGAGGUUAGCGUAAAGAACACCAUCCGAAUGUGGGACACCUACCUCGCCGAGGACCAAGGUUUCACAGCCUUCCACCUCUACGUCUGCGCCGCGUUCCUGGUCAAGUGGUCCGACCGGCUGCAGCGAAUGGACUUUCAAGAAAUCAUGAUGUUUCUGCAGUCGCUGCCGACGCGGAAUUGGACCGAGAAGGACGUGGAGUUGCUGCUGAGCGAGGCGUUCAUCUGGCAAAGUCUGUUCAAGGGGAGCAAGGCACAUGUGCGGCAGGGUAGCAAUGUCUUCACCGGAGCCGUCAAUUUGUAGCGUGGAUCGUAAGACUUUUGGAAGGUGGUCUGUCUAGGCAAUGUCCGCUGCGAUCUAGUCGCAUUGACGGGUACAAAGAAUUC